UUAGCCAACAAACCAAUUAUGGGGAUCCAUCAGUACCUCUGGCUUCUCUCUAUAAUAACCUCCUGUUCGGGUUCAGGAAAAGGUUUCAAUGAUAACCCUGCCAUAGAUCCAAGAUUUUUUAACCUGAACUGGAUGAAGUCUAUACCUGAUGAGACUCCAAUUUCUGCUAUCUCCAUUCCUGGAACACACGAAAGCUUAUCAUUGUAUGGAGGACCACUUGUUAAAUGUCAAGUUUGGAAUUUGGAAAAGCAACUUAAAGUGGGAAUACGGUAUUUUGAUUUGCAUGCUGGGAUUUGGUUGCCCACUCAUAAGCACGUUUAUAUCCAGAAUAGUCACUGGCUGCUUUGGGAACGAAUUAAAUUUGAUGAAGUCCUGAAAAUCAUUUACAAUUUCUUAAAAGUCCAUAGCAGUGAGACUGUGCUUUUGAAAGUGACACUACAUGGGUUAUUCAAAAGGAAAGUCAAAGAACUGAUGGAUAAAUCGAUCGCAAAGUUCAAAAAUCAAAUAUGGAUCGAGUUCUCAGUACCAAACAUGAAACAGGCAAGAGGCAAGAUUGUUCUUCUCCGAAGUAACAUGUUCCAUUCUGGAACAGAAAACCAUGAAUCAUUUUUCUUCGAAUCUAACAAGCUAAAAAAUGUUGAAGACAAAAUAAAGCAAAUGAAAUCACACCUCUGUGACCAUCAAAUUUUGCUUACUGACAGUGCAGCAUCAACUUGGGAAAGUCCUAAAACAUUGGCUAAAACAGUUAACAAGAAGCUUAAUAAAUUUGUGGUACAACAUGGUAAAACUUCCUUAAACCCAGGUUGCUUAGGUGUCUUAAGCGUGAACUUCCCCAGUGCUGUUCUUGUUAAAAACAUCAUUCAAAUAAAACCAUGCCAUUGUGGUAAAGGUGCAGAAAAAGGACAUAGACAUGAUGGAAAGAAGCAUCAAAUGACAAUUGAGCCACAAACCAAACAGGACAUAGAACCAUCCCCUGAACCAGCACCUGCUCCAGAGUUACCAACAUCUAAUCAGGACUCAGAACCAACACCUGAACCAUCACCUGCGCCAGAAUCACAAACAUCUGGUCAGGACUCAGAACCAACUCCUGAACCAUCACCGACGGCCGAAUCACCAACAUCUGGUCAGGACUCAGGAAUAACACCUGAACCAUCAACUGCACCAGAAUCACCAACAUCUGGGCACGACUCAGGACAAACAAAUGAACCAUCGCCUGCACCAGAAUCACCUGCAUCUGGUCAGGACUCAGAACCAACACCUAAACCAUCACCUGUGCCAGAAUCACCAUCUGGUCAGGACUCAGAACCAACACCCGAACCAUCACCUGUGCCAGGAUCACCAACAUCUGGUCAGAAUUCAGAACCAACACCUGAACCAUCACCUGCACCAGAAUCACCAGCAUCUGGGCAGGAUUCUGAACCCUCCUCUGAACCAUCACCUGCACCAGAAUCACCAACAUCUGAGCAAGUUUCAGGAGCAACACCAGAACCUACACCUGCACCAGAAUCACCAACAUCUGGUCAGAAUUCAGAACCAACACCUGAACCAUCACCUGCGGCCGAAUCACCAACAUCUGAGCAAGUUUCAGGAGCAACACCUGAACCAGUGCCUACGACAGAAUCACCAUCUGGUCAGGACUCAGAAACAACACCUGAACAAUCACCUGCAUCAGAAUCACCAACAUCUGGUCAGGACUCAGAACAAACACCUGAACCAUCACCCGCGCCAGAAUCACCAACAUCUGGACAGGACUCAGAUCCAACAUCUGAACCAUCACCUGCUGCCGAAUCACCAAUGUCUGGGCAGGACUCAGAACCAACACCAGAACCUUCACCUAAGCCAGAAUCACCAAUAUCUGGUCAGGACUCAGAACCAACACCUGAACCAUCACCUGUGCCAGGAUCACUAACAUUUGGUCAGAAUUCAGAACCAACACCUGAACCAUCACCUGCACCAGAAUCACCAACAUCUGGGCAGGAUUCUAAACCCUCCUCUGAACCAUCACCUGCGGCCGAAUCACCAACAUCUGAGCAAGUUUCAGGAGCAACACCUGAACCAGUGCCUACGACAGAAUCCCCAACAUCUGGUCAGGACUCAGAACUAACACCUGAUCCAUCACCUUCACCAGAAUCACCAACAUCUAGACAGGAAUCUGAACCCUCCUCUGAACCACCACCUGCACGAGAAUCACCAACAUCUGGACAGGAUUCAGAAUCAACACCUGAACCAUCACCUGUGCCGGAAUCACAAACAUCUGGACAGGAUUCUGAACCCUCCUCUGAACCACCACCUGCACGAGAAUCACCAACAUCUGGACAGGAUUCAGAAUCAACACCUGAACCAUCACCUGCACCAGAAUCACCAACAUCUGGUCAGGAUUCUGAACCCUCCUCUGAACCAGCACCUGCGCCAGAUUCACCAAUGUCUGGGCAGGAUUCUGAACCAACACCUGAAGCAUCACCUAUGCCAGAAUCACCAACAUCUGUUCAGGACUCAGAACCAACACCUGAACCAUCACCUGUGCCAGAAUCAUCAAUGUCUGGUCAGGAUUCUGAACCAACACCUGAACCAUCACCUGUGCCAGAAUCACCAACAUCUGGUCAGGACUCAGAACCAACACCUGAACCAUCACCUGCACCAGAAACACCAACAUCUGGGCAGGAUUCUGAACCCUCCUCUGAACCACCACCUGCACGAGAAUCACCAACAUCUGGACAGGAUUCAGAAUCAACACCUGAACCAUCACCUGCGCCAGAAUCACGAACAUCUGGUCAGGACUCAGAACCAACACUUGAACCAUCACCUGCGCCAGAAUCACCAAUGUCUGGUCAGGACUCAGAACCAAAACCUGAACCAUCCCCUGCGACAGAAUCACCAACAUCUGGUCAGGACUCAGAACCAACACCUGAACCUUCACCUGCGCCAGAAUCACCAAUGUCUGGUCAGGAUUCAGAACCACCACCUGAACCUUCACCUGCGCCAGAAUCACCAACAUCUGAGCAAGUUUCAGGAGCAACACCUGAACCAGUGCCUAUGUCAGAAUCACCAACAUCUGGUCAGGACUCAGAACCAACACCUGAACCAAUCACCAACGUCUGGUCAGGACUCAGAUCCAACACCUGA